GCUGCUGCUGCCACCAUGGACAUCACUGUGAGCCCCAGUGUCUCUGCUGGGAUCCCCGCACCUCCCCACCCAUCGGACCAUAUCAAGAAUGCAGCAGACAUCUCAGUUAUUGUCAUCUACUUCAUGGUGGUUCUGGCUGUGGGUCUGUGGGCCGGGCUGAAGACCAGUCAAGGGUCAGUGGGCUUCUUCCUGGCUGGCAGGGACAUGGUGUGGUGGCCAAUUGGUGCCUCUCUCUUUGCCAGCAACAUUGGCAGUUCCAGUUUUGUGGGCCUGGCUGGGACUGGUGCAGCCUCAGGAAUUGCUGUUGCUGCACUUGAGACAAAUGGUUUGUUAUUGGUGCUGGUCCUUGGCUGGAUCUUUGUCCCCAUUUACAUCAAGGCCGGGGUGGUGACCAUGCCUGAGUACCUGAUGAAGAGAUUUGGAGGGAAGAGGAUUCAGAUCUUUUUUUCUGUUCUUUCCCUGUUCUUAAGUGUAGUCAUAUAUAUCUCGGGAAACAUGUUCUCGGGAGCCAUAUUCAUCAACCUGGCCCUCGGGUUGGAUCUUUAUGUAGCUAUCAUCAUCCUAUUGGUCAUCACAGGGAUCUUCACUAUUACAGGUGGCUUGGCCUCUGUGAUUUACACUGAUGCCAUGCAGGCGGUCAUUAUGCUGGUUGGUGCUUUCAUCCUCACUGGCUAUGGUUUUGCAGAAGUGGGGGGAUAUGAGGCCUUCACUGAGAAGUACAUGAAAGCCAUCCCAUCUGUCAUCACGGACCAAAAUGUAACUCUGAACCCAGAAUGCUACACGCCCAGAGCAGACUCCUUCCACCUCUUCCAGGAUCCCAUCACUGGUGACCUGCCAUGGCCAGGAGUGCUCAUUGGCAUGAACCUUGUUUCCAUUUGGUUCUGGUGUGCAGACCAGGUGAGAGGUGAUGUGCAGCGGUGCCUCUCAGGGAAGAAUAUGUCCCACGUGAAGGCUGGUUGCAUCUUGUGUGGCUAUCUGAAGCUGCUGCCCCUCUUCCUUAUGGUGAUGCCCGGUAUGAUCAGCCGCAUUCUGUACCCAGAUGAAGUUGCCUGUGUCGUGCCUUCAGAAUGUGAGAAACAUUGUGGCGCCAGAGCAGGCUGUAGCAACUUAGCGUACCCAAAGCUUGUGGUAGAGCUUAUGCCCAAUGGACUUCGGGGAUUGAUGUUGUCAGCUCUGUUGGCAUCACUCAUGAGCUCCCUCACCUCCAUCUUCAAUAGUGCCAGUACUCUGUUCACCAUUGACAUCUAUACCAAAAUCCGAAAGCAAGCAUCGGAGAGAGAGCUCCUACUAGUGGGAAGGUUGUUCAUCAUGGUCCUGAUUGCCCUCAGUAUUGCUUGGAUCCCAAUAAUCCGGGCAAGUCAAAAUGGUGAACUCUUCCAGUAUAUGUCAUCGAUAUCAAGCUACCUUGGGUCCCCCAUUGCAGCUGUGUUCCUGCUUGCCAUCUUCUGCAAGAGAGCUAAUGAGCAGGGAGCUUUCUGGGGACUGAUAUUUGGCCUUGUGGUUGGUCUAACUCGUAUGAUUGCUGAGUCUGCCUAUGGGACAGGCACUUGCAUGGUCCCCAGCCAGUGUCCCAACAUCAUCUGUGGAUUGCAUUACUCCUAUUUUGCCAUAGUCCUCUUCACCUUGACAGUUUUGGUUGUACUUGGUAUCUCUCUGAUGACGAAACCUAUUCCUGACAUACAUCUGUACCGCCUUUGCUGGGCUCUCCGCGAUAGCCAGGAAGAACGCAUCGACCUGAACCCUGAGUGGUAUGGACAAGAGGAAGCUGGAGACCAGGGAGAAGAAGAUGGCCCAGUGGAAUCACAAGGGUUCUUCAAGAGGGCCUGGAAUGCAUUCUGUGGGCUGGAGACAAAGAAAGGCCCCAAGCUGACUGAGGAAGAGAAGGCUGCUCUGCAGAAGCAGCUCACAGACACAUCAGAAGAACCCUUGUGGAGAAAUGUGGUGAAUAUCAACGCCAUCCUGGUCAUAGCUGUGGGCAUCUUCUACUAUGGUUAUUUUGCCUGAGUCUUGCUUG